AUGAAGGUUCCCGCCCCCAUAUACGAAUUGAAGGGCCAUUGCUCUGCCAUUUAUAACAACACCCUCUACGUCUUUUCCAAGAAUGGUUUCCAAAAAAUCGACCUCGAAGAGGAUGGCAAGUGGAAGAAGGUUCCUGGGAGCCCCACUCUGGUCGACGACGCAGCUUGUGUGCUAGGUGGCGACGAGGGUAAUGAAGACGCCAAAGCUUUCUACGUCGUCGGCGGGACCGGCGGCGACGCCUCCUACUCCGGCUUGCAGCGAUAUUCCUUCAAGGAUACAACCUGGUCCACUCUUGGUGCGACUAGCAUCGGAAUGGCAGGACGCACUGGCCAUGGUGCUGGGUAUAUCAGCUCAAGCCACAAAAUUGUCGUGUACGGUGGCAACCAGCCUGGCACUACUGGCACCAGUUCCCAAUCUUACACCAUCGACGCCGUGUCUCCAUAUGACAGUCAAUCCCAACUCACGCAAGGUGCACCACCUGCCAGUAGCCCCUACCUUAUGACAUGGGAUUCUUCCAAUGUUGCCAUGAUGGGCGGCCAGACGUCGAGCGCUGAUGUUUGGAUCUUUGGCGACUCGACAGGAUGGACACAGUCAGGUGCAAGCUUGGAGUCACCAACUAGCGUGUCGGACACGACAAAACCUAUUGUGAUGGACGACUCUGGUGGCAAGGUUUUGAUGACUUUCAACAUGGACGGGUCCGCCGACUCUGUCAAGAGCUAUGCCUUGGUGAAUGAUGAUGGCAAGGCGCAGGUUGCUACAUCCCUCAAGAAGCGCAGUUUGAGCGACUAUCCAGCAUACAAUAGUUCAAAUGCGCCAACGAAGAAAUGGUCGGACUUUUCCCUCGCCCAACAGCAGGGAAUGGUUGUUGUCGCUGGCGGUAGUGGCGAUGAAACACUGGCCAUCUUCAACCAAACAUCCAACAGUUGGGCCAAUGCGACCGAGCUAUUCUACGGCAAGCCUCAGCAUACCUUGAAACACAACACCACGACAACUUCGUUCACUUCUUCGACACCGACCUCGACAUCCAUUUCUUCCAGUUCCGCCUCGGUGACCCCUACGCCUACUUCCUCCUCCACCCCUGCCGCGGCUGCUGGAGCAAGCACUUCGCACGCUGAUUUGAAAACAAUCCUCGGUGCGACGUUGGGUAGCGUAUGUGGCGUCGCUAUUAUUCUUCUACUCCUGCUCUUCCUCCUACGUCGCAAGAAGCAGCAGCAAAUACAAAGUGGCCAGCGUCCGAAUGACAGCAAGGACCGCCUGAGCUUCCAAGACCAGGGUUUAGCACCCUUGACUGCAGGUGCUUAUCCCAUGGCAAAGAGCCCGGUCCCCUUCGCUUCCAUGUCCAAUGACUCGUUGGCCAUCAUGUCAGGCCAUGCAACCGGAGAGAAAUCUCUAAAACCCCCUUCCAAUAAUGGCUACGGGCUGUCAUCAAAACCCCGCGAUAGCAGCCCAUUAUCGCCGAUUCCAUCUAGUGGUCUUGCGCCCUCGAGCAUGUACUCCCAGAGUUCCGAGGCCGCUGCCAUUAUCGCUGGUGGAAUGGCGGGAGCUGGAGCCGGAGCAGCAGUGGGAUCCAACAAGGCUGGUGAUCGGACAACAGACGAAGGAUGGGGCAAAUACUUCGAAGAUAACAAGGAUACAUCCAAUCUCGGCAUGCCCGCUGAUCGCUCAACCGUCAGCUCAGUCUACACAAAGUCUGAUUACCGCGGGAGUGCUUGGCCAAUGACGAACCUCACUCCGAUCAACUUUGGUUUCCUCGACCAACCCAAACCAUUAGGCCAGGUAUACAGCGGCAGCCCUACAACCGAGAGUUCCACUUCACUUGGUCACAACCUCGCUAUCCCCGAAGCACAAUCAGCCCGGAUAUCUACAGCCUCCUCGAUUAGCCUGAUGUCGGAGGAUGAUCCCCACGACACAGCCUGGACCGGCGCGCAUAAGCAGAGUUGGUUGGGACGACCACCGAGCAGCAAUUACAGCACCAGUUUCUAUAACUCCAGCACCCGAGAUCUGCAGAAUACCGGCUCGGGGUAUUUCCCCGAUAUGGAUAACCGUCAAUCCAUGGGACACGGUCGAAGAUCUAGCGUCAUCAUACCGGAUGACAUCGAUGAGCUUCGUGCUACGGGCCGCAAUGCGAAUGUCAAUUCUGACAUGAGCUGGUUGAAUAUCCACGCUGACCGCUAA